AUGGUCUCCAGUGAAGAGUGGCGAUUCACCAAACACGCCUGGAUUGCCACGCUCUUCGCGGUGGUGACCGGCUAUGCCGAUGUGGUGAGUCUGGUCCGAUACCAAGCAUUUGCCAGCAUUCUCACGGGGAACGCGAUUUGGCUGGGAAGAGUGGCCGUAGAUCCAAAGUCGAAUGACCAACACACUGGUUGGUACUACGUGGCCAUUUGCGCCUCCUUCUCCCUGGGUUCCUUCCUCCACCGUAUCUGCGAGUUGCGCUGGCCCAACCGUGGCGGGAGCAUUGCAGCCGUUCCGCUGGCGCUGUUGAUGCUGCUCACGGAAAUGGUCUACAUGUUGACGGAGCGUCAUUUGGAGAUCAGCAGUUUCCACGAGAGCUACCUGCGCUGGACUGUGGUGCUUGUGGCGCCCCUCUUUGGCAUCGUUGCUGCUGCGUGCAGCAACGGGCGCAUGGGCACCCAUACCACCAUGGUCACGGGCCACAUCUUGACGCUCACACAGAUCGCAGGCAAUCUGGUGAUGGCCAGGUUGGGCUAUGACCCCAUGAAGCUCAAUGUGGACAAAAGGAAAUCCGUGAUGAGCAUCAUGGUGAUCGCGGGUACCAUCGCCGGUGCUUGCCUGGGAUCCUAUGCUUUGGUGAAGGUGGAGGUGCACCACGUGUUGCUCUUCCCGGUGCCUCUGCUGAUCUAUGCCCUGCUGUGGCUACACGAUCACUUGGCGAAGCCCAGAUCGCUCAUCAAGCGGGUGCAAAAGAAAUGGCGGGAGCGGCAGCACUCGGAAGUCUCUGAAGACAUCUCUGUCACCUCCCAGGAUGCAGUUCCAUCCAUGGAAUCUUCCGACGACGAAGAUGAGAUUUGUUCUCGUCGCUUUCAAGACGGGAUUGCCUUGCUGGAAGGUACAUUGAAGUGCGACAGCAAAUUGCUGAAUGCCUUGGGAUAUGCCUUCUGCCAGAUGGAG